UAUAUUAGUAGUGGAAGUAUUUUUAUUUUUUUGCUUUAGUACUCGCACCCUCACACACACUCUCCCGAGAACCAGAAGUCGGUUGGGUGUUUAUAUAAUGAAGAAUUAUGGGGCUGUUUGAUCGAGGUGUUCAAAUGCUUUUAACCACCGUUGGUGCUUUCGCUGCCUUCAGUCUGAUGACCAUAGCUGUGGGAACCGACUAUUGGCUCUACUCCAGAGGGGUUUGCAAGACCAAAAGUGUCAGUGAGAAUGAAACCAGCAAAAAGAACGAGGAAGUUAUGACCCAUUCUGGAUUAUGGAGAACCUGCUGCCUAGAAGGGAACUUCAAAGGUCUCUGCAAGCAGAUCGAUCACUUCCCAGAGGAUGCAGAUUAUGAAGCUGACACAGCAGAAUAUUUCCUUCGGGCUGUGAGGGCCUCGAGCAUCUUCCCGAUCCUGAGUGUGAUUCUGCUCUUCAUGGGUGGCCUCUGCAUUGCAGCCAGCGAGUUCUACAAGACUCGACACAACAUCAUCCUGAGUGCCGGCAUCUUCUUCGUGUCUGCAGGUCUGAGUAACAUCAUUGGCAUCAUAGUGUACAUAUCUGCCAAUGCCGGAGACCCCUCCAAGAGCGACUCCAAAAAGAAUAGUUACUCGUAUGGCUGGUCCUUCUACUUCGGGGCCCUAUCCUUCAUCAUCGCCGAGAUGGUCGGGGUGCUGGCCGUGCACAUGUUUAUCGACCGGCACAAACAGCUGCGGGCCACAGCCCGUGCCACGGACUACCUCCAGGCCUCCGCCAUCACCCGCAUCCCCAGUUACCGCUACCGCUACCAGCGCCGCAGCCGCUCCAGCUCCCGCUCCACCGAGCCCUCACACUCCAGGGACGCCUCCCCCGUGGGCAUCAAGGGCUUCAACACCCUGCCGUCCACGGAGAUCUCCAUGUACACCCUCAGCAGGGACCCCCUGAAGGCCGCCACCACGCCCACCGCCACCUACAACUCCGACAGGGAUAACAGCUUCCUCCAAGUUCACAACUGUAUCCAGAAGGAGAACAAAGACUCUCUCCACUCCAACACAGCCAACCGCCGGACCACUCCCGUAUGAAGCCCACGGGGGCCUCGCCAGCGCCGCCACCCGCCGGGGUUCCCCGGCAGAGCCGGGAGGAGGGGCGCGGCCCACGGGGUGGGCCAGGGGGUCGGGGGGAGGGUGGGGGAAACCAAACCAUCCACGGGGGGCACAAACCUUCCAAAAGCAAAAAAACAAAAAAAGAGAAAAAUAUAAUAAGUAAAUUAAAAAAAAAAAAAGAACAACAUAUGAGAGGAACAAAGAAGCAAAACAAUAGGAAAUGUGCAAAAAUAUAAACGAGGGAAGGAAAAACAAACUUUAAAAAAAAGCAAGAGAGGAUAAAAAUUAAAAAUAGAAAAUAAAUCUAAAAGAAAAUGCAUGAUUUCCCAUGUACCAUUAUUUUAACAUUUAAUAAAAACCAAUUUAAAUGAAAACAUACAAGGGAACCAAGAUAAUAUUAAAGCAAAAAA